CCAAGCUGGCCAUGACAUCUCAGGGUUAAGGCCUGGGCACCAGUCUGGAGGAAAUCCGCAUCAUGGAUUUUCGCAAGAAGCUUCUGAAGAUCGACACAUCCCUGGGGGCCAAAGAGGUGGAGGCUCUGAAGUUUCUCUGCCGAGACAUGCUGCCCCACAAGAAGCUAGAGAAGGCCAGCUCGGCCCUGGAGAUUUUUGAGCAGCUGCUGGAGGAGGAGCAGCUCACCGAGGAGGACCCUGCCCUCCUCAUGGAGCUCCUCUGCGUCAUCAGGCAGAGGUCCCUGCUGCAGCAUCUCCAGUACCGCCCAGAGCAAGUGCAGGCCUCGCUGCCCACCCUGAGGAGAAUCUCUCCGUUCAGAAAACUACUAUACGAAUUGUCGGAAGAUAUGGACUCACAGACCUUACGGAGCAUGAUCUUCCUCCUGCCGAACGUGUUUCCAAAGACUGAGAUGACAUCUCUCAGUUUCCUGGCACAUCUAGAGAAACAAGACCUAAUAAGUGAAGAUGAUCUGAAGAUACUGGAGGAACUCUGCCAUAAUGUGGCACCUUGGCUCAAGAAAAAGAUAGAGAAAUAUGGAAAGAAGAGCUCCCAGGAAAUGAUCCCUCCUGAGACCUUGCACCUAGCCGUGGAAGAGCUGUCUUCUCUUGUAGGCACUAUGCAAGUCUGCGAAGUUUCACAGAUGGAGCCUGGACAAAAUGAGCCCAGAAAGACGAAUGGAAGCUCUGAUGUGACAUUGGUGAGCGAUGACGUUGGCCCAUGUUGCACGCUGCUGUGUGCUAGGAUUAUCUCGUUUGCUUCUCUCCAACAUCUGGCGAUAGGCGACAGGACUAUAAAUGGUGCCCCGCGGCCUGUGUCCAGGGAGAUGCUGGGAGCAGCUGCUGACAUCAUAAACCCUGAGACCAGAACAAAGGAGGUAGAGGCAUACAGGAUGGAUCGGAAACACAGAGGUUGCUGCGUCAUUGUUAACAACCAGAACUUUACCUCACUGCCAGAUAGACCAGGGACUCAGAAGGAUGCCGAGAGCCUGAGAUCUGUGUUUCAGUGGCUGGGAUUGGAAAUCGAGGAGUACAGUGAUGUGACCAAAGGGGACCUCGAGGAGGUGCUUCAGAAAAUGCAGAAGCAUCCAGGUCACACUGAUGGGGACUGCUUCGUGUGCUGUAUCCUGACCCAUGGAAAGUCCGGAGCUGUCUACUCCUCGGAUGGGGCCCUCAUUCCCAUUCAGGAGAUCAUCUCUCACUUCACAGCCCAGCGCUGCCCUUCUCUAGCUCACAAACCCAAACUCUUCUUCAUCCAGGCCUGUCAAGGCGACGAGGUGCAGCCUUCGGUAUGCAUUGAAGUAGAUGCUCGGAAUACAGAGCUUGUAUCCCGUGCCCCCAGUGGGGUGAACCUGAAGGACAGUAUUCCUGUUGAGGCGGAUUUCCUGCUUGGCAUGGCCACAGUCCCAGGCUAUGUAUCCUUUCGACACGUGAGGAAUGGCAGCUGGUACAUUCAGUCUCUGUGCAAUCACCUGAAGGACUUGGUCCCAAGGCAUGAAGACAUCCUAUCCAUCCUCACUGCAGUCAAUGAUGAUGUGAGCCGGCAAGCUGACUUCUAUGGGAGACGGAAACAGAUGCCCCAGCCUGCCUUCACAUUGCGCAAAAAACUGAUCUUCCCAGUGCCUCAGGAAGCCCUUUCUUUACCAUAGAGUUGUCGUGGACUCGAAAGGACCUCUCUAAUCCCACUCAGCCGAGUGAAGAAGGGUGAAUGACCGCAGCCUGCCACUCAACAGUCAAGUCAUAGGAAAUGCUCUGUUUUCCAGCACAACCUGUUCUCCCCUGCUGCUCGCGUUCUCUCUCUGGAUAUAGCACAACUUUCUUGAUCGAAGACUUGGAUUGUAGCAGCCCUGGCUUAGUUGCAAGCUCUGGAGAGCAGCACUGUACUAUUUCUUGGUUUGUUCAUCUUUGAAAUGAAACUUUGGACCAGGUAGAUUCUAGGAUUCCUUCUAGCCUAUACGAUCAUUGGAAGUCAGAGGUGGCUCCAUGGUAGUGGGUUUCUUUUUUGGGUCUACCUCUAACAAGUACUGUAACUGGUUCCCUUUCCCUCAUAACCAGCUCUUGGUUGUGAUGCUUUGCCUCCUGCUGCCUGGCCUUGACAGUGACAUGGGACAAGGAGAUGAGGGUCUGUUGAUCUUCCCCUCUGAACACUUGUCUUAUGAGAAAGCUCGGGCUAGGCUUUGCCCAUCUGCUGCUUCAGUGUGAGGGAGAUGUUCAGGGAACUUUUUUUUUCUUUCUUAGGCUGUGUGCAGACUUGGCUCUAGGAAGAUGAUGACUCGGAGUUAAAAGAAAAGCCACGCUGGGAGUGGAAACUUUACAAUCUCAUGUCACACUCUGUUGGUUCUAACCUUUCAGUUGCUGGUGACAGAGCAUUCAGCUGUGUGGAUUAAAGCACAGAGGAUAAUUUACUCCCCUUUUUCUUGAAAACUCAAGAGCCCUUUACUCAGGAGAUAAUGGUGUCAGGACAAGACAUUGUCUUUUUCUUGGCCGAGUGUUCUUGGGCUUGGGAGUUGCACUGUGCAGACCUCCAGCCAACAACCUAUACCGUAUCUCUAAAACACGUUGCUCCGCUGGCCCAAAGACAGCAAAGAGGGUGCUUCCCAGACGGACACUGUCCACGGGGCUCCUUGCUCUGUUCUCUGACCUAAGGAAUGACUGUCUGGCUCUGCCUUGGGUAGUGGGAGACUGUGCAUGGAAACUGAUACUUUUUGGCAUUAAUCUUUUGAACAUUUCAUAUACUUGAUUUUCUUUAGUUUAAUAACAAGAGGCGUUUUUCCUUUUUAAUUUCUGGAACCCUAUUUUGAAUUCCUAAAGGUUAGACCUGCAAGGGCGAUGGCGAUCCCUGUGGUGAUGCAAGCCUGGGAAGGACAAACACCUCGCUGCCAAGCAUUCGUUUCCCACCACGUGUGCUGACAAGUCAUGAGACAUAACAGAUGCUAGGACGAGCCAUCCCCUCAGAGAUGCAAGGAUGCCAGUGACUCUCAGAUGUGCCUGGUUUUAAACCUACUUGAGCCAGUCAAAUUUAUCUUGAAUUUCUUAUGAGAAAUUUGCCUGAGGUUCCCCUCUGAAUGUCACUGGUUGAAAUACAGCUCACUGAGGGCGUGAGUCUAAAUACACAGACCAGACUGAUCUUCCAGAGCGGUUGCUCAUACAAGUCAAGACUAAAGUUUUGGCCAAUGGGGUGGACGAGAAUUUUCUUCCAGAAUCACAUUAAGUUCUUUGGCUUCUUUAUCGGCCUUCUAUGCACGUGACGGAUGGUAGGAGUAAGGAACCGAGCAAAGGGUCUGGAGACUGGAGCCUUCCAUUUCUGUUUUCCUGCAGUUUCCUUGCACAGAGGCACUAACUCAAUGGACCCGAUAUUUUUGGGACCUUACCUGAAAUGUAGAGAAAAUGUGAUCUGUUGGGAGGAUCAAGGUGAAUAUGUUGAUAUGUAUCCCUGCAAACCAAAGGGGGGCGGUGUUCAAGUGCAUUUGAGGCAAAUAGGGACGUAGUAGACUCUUCUAGUAGCAACCUCAAGGACGUUUUCAGUGUUUGAGUUUCUUUGGGCUUAAUUCCAGGUGAAUUUAUUGAAGUACAGUCCCUAAAAACAAGUAAACAACAAACAAACAAACUCACUGCCAUCGAGUCAAUUCUGACCCAUAGCAACCCUA